AUGAUUUGGGUUAAUUUCCCAUUUCAAAUUUUUUUUUAUAAAAUUUUUUUAGAACGAAAUCGAUGUGGCGAUAUAGUAGUUGAUAAGAAACGAAUUGCUUUCUAUAUUUGCCCAACGAAGAAACAUACUUCCUUGGAGAAUCGUUGUUGUGAUGCACCGGAAUAUAAUUGUUGUCGGGAAGCUACUUUUUAUGAAAAUAAUAAAUUAGCGAUCUUAUCAACAAUUUCCAUAAUAGCAUUCACUAUUUUUACGAUUGUUAUUGUUAUUUGUUUAUGUUGGGAGAAAUGCUUCUUACAUAAGAUUGUACGUCGAAAACCGCAACUUGAUUAUAUUGGUAAUAUUUUUUUAAAAAAAUUCUGCUUGACAAAACCUGAUGAAGUCGAACAUUUAAAUGGUAUAUAUGUUCCAAAAUAA